CGGGGUGAUCCCCUACUUGGAGAAGCUGGGCUUCAACAUCGUGGGCUAUGGCUGUAUGACGUGUAUCGGCAACUCGGGGCCCAUCGAUGACAACAUUGCCAACACCAUAGAGAAGAACGAGUUGGUAUGUUGCGGCGUUUUGUCCGGAAAUAGGAACUUCGAGGGCAGGAUUCAUCCAAACACUCGGGCCAAUUACCUCGCCUCGCCGCUACUCGUGAUAGCGUACGCAUUGGCCGGAACCGUUGAUAUAGACUUCGAGAAGCAACCUCUUGGUAAAAGGCAAGAUGGCUCACCAGUAUUCCUGGCCGAUAUUUGGCCCACGAGAGCUGAAAUACAAGAGGUGGAAAAUAAACACGUAAUUCCUGGGAUGUUUAAGGAGGUGUACGAGAAAAUCGAGCUGGGUUCACCAUCGUGGCAAACCCUGGACGUGCCUCAAGGCAAGCUGUAUGGAUGGGAUCCCAACUCCACUUACAUUAAAAGGCCACCGUUCUUUGAUACAAUGACCAAGGAUCUGCCGAAGACGUCAGAUAUCGUGGACAGCAGAUGUCUGCUGCUAUUGGGUGAUUCGGUUACCACAGAUCACAUAUCGCCAGCUGGGUCGAUCGCUAGAAACUCUCCAGCUGCAAGAUACCUGGCUUCGAGGGGUCUAACGCCGCGCGAAUUCAACUCGUACGGUUCGCGGCGAGGUAAUGACGCUGUGAUGUCGCGCGGAACAUUCGCGAACAUUCGGAUCGUAAACAAAAUGGCGCCGACGCCCGGACCAAAGACCACACACCAUCCGAGCGGUGACGUCAUGGAUAUAUUCGACGCGGCUGACAGGUGAGUUUCCUAGAUCAUUUAUACGUGUGGACAGACUGUGACAGCUGUGGAAAUGUCGAAAGAAUUUCAAGAAGAAUGUAAUUUAG